AUGGCAGGCGAGUCGGCAGGCGAACGUGGAAUUUUAUCAAUAGCAACCCAACAAGAGCUGCAAACUGGGGCUUCAUCUCAAGGUACCAGUGUAGGAACCAAAGGUGAGCUGAAAAUUGCCUUUAAUCCCUUAUAACGUGGGGUUUGACCUUUUCACCUGAUGUUAUUACGUUCGAAAAGAGAGAAUGAUGAAGAUCCCAAUCACAGCCAAAUAAACGAUUGAUCCGCAGAUCGAAUCUUAUCGUGCUAUUGCUUUAAAGUUGAUAUAGAGAGAGUAGAUCGAAACACACAAACAAAACGCGCUUGAUUGUCUAGCAAAGAACCUUUAGUGUCGGACUUGUUCGGAGUCUUGCUAUUUAAUAUACUUUGGCGGAACGCUAAGUUAAGUUGACGUUCUUACGCUUGCUACGACCACUGAGCUCUUUGGCCCCUUCUUUAACUGUGAUUAAAAGCUCUCGUACACGACUGCUCCCGUUUAUUGAGCGACAGUGACCAUAUUUGUAAAAUCGCCAGGUGCUCUUUUCCUUUGUUUAUAAGUUCUCGUAUAUGACAUAAUAAAACACGAAACACACAACCAAACACACAGAAAAGCAUUUUAACUUCUUGAUCAAAUUAAGGAUGAUACUUCACAUAACCAGUAAUCCUGACCCGCAUUGAAGCCACUCUCUAAUUGCCUAAACCAGUGAAGAGAGUAGCAAGCAUUGCACAGCUUUUUAUUGGUCAGGCCCGGUUCCUAAAAGGGCGAUUAGCAUUGAUCCAGGAUUAAAACUUUUUGCACUUUUUGUGUUUUACCUUCUUAUGAUUGCAUUGCGUAGAGUAACAUUUUGUGUUAUCAUUACUGUAUCUCAGAGUAAAGGCUCAGCAGUAUUUUGAAAGCUUGAGUUACAUGUUCUUAAAAAAGAAAACCAUGCUUAAAAUUUGGCUUAAUCCUGGGUUAAACUUAUCAUCUUUCAACGAACCAGGCCCAGGAGUCAAUAAACUUAUUGCAAAGGAAUUUGUUGCAUGUGUGUUUGCAUGUUCUGGUGUACUUGUUAAGUUUACUAAAACAUUUCAAGAAUCAUCAGUGAUAGCACCAAUUAGUAGUAGUUCUUCCUCGAGGUGGCUCUUCACCUACUAAUGCCCUAACUACAGUAUAUUAUUACAAAAAUUAAGCUGGUUUGAUUUUAAAUUAAAAAUGCUAUAUAAAAUAGUUAAGCAAUAGGAAACGUUUUCCGUGUUUGCAUAGCCUGAUAUAAACACGAGAGGGGUUGGGAGAAUUCGAGACAGUAAUGCAAACCCGAGAUGAAGUCGAGGGUUUGCAUAACUGUCGAGAAUUCUCUGAACGCCUCUCGUGUUUAUAUCAGGCUAUGCAAACACAGGAAAAAAGUUUUCUAUUGCUUUUAUAAAAUAAAUUUCCCGAGGAAAAACGCAAAACUCUUUGCAUGGCAGUGAUUAAAAGAGAAAUUCUUACCACUCGAAAAGUCUUGUCCACGAAGUCUUGCACGCGUAAUCAGUUCUUGUUUUCCAAAAGAUGCUUUCCAAAAUACGGACUUUUCUCGCUUAAAAUGUCAGCUUAAGCGAAAAAAAAAUUGACACACUUUCUUUGUAACGAUUUUCCAAGUUUCAGCCGACGAAGGAAUUGGUAAAUAAAGUAAACUUGUCGAGUUUUGAACUUGAAAACUUUUUCAAAUUUGUGCUUGCGUGAUUAGCGUGCGAAAAGCAAAACAUAUUGAUGCCACAACCAUGUUUACAUACUCUCAUGCAAACAUGCCUCUCAGCCAAUCAGAGCGCGUACUAUCUUAGUUAUUUUAUAAGAAUAAGUACAGCAAGGUAAAAGGAAAGUCACAUAAUAUGCAUAAAAGGAAAAAAUUCGAGAUACAAUAGAAGGAGAAAAAAAAGGUUUGGUAAAAAUAAAUACGUGCAAUUAAAAGAAAGUGAGGUUAAAAAUCAUAAUAUAAUAAUAAUAAUAAUAAAUCAGUGACGCUUUCUCCUUAGGAAAUCAUGAGCUUCUUCGCUAACCUAACAAACAUAAGAUUUGUCGCAAAAAUUGUGCUUAAAUUGUUAACAUUUCUGGUGAAAAUAGGCGUAAUAUAUUUAUAAGCUUAUUAGUUUAUACACUAUAUACUUAACCAAUAGAAAACGUUUUCCAUGUUUGCAUAGCCUGAUAUAAACACGAGAGGGGUUGGGAGAAUUCGAGACAGUAAUGCAAACUCGAGACAAAGUCGAUGGUUUGCAUAAUUGUCAAGAAUUCUCCUAAUCCCUCUCAUGUUUACAUCAGGAUAUGCAAACACAGGAAAAAAGUUUUCUAUUGCUUUUAUAAAACAACUUUCCCAAGAAAAAAAGCAAACUCUCUUGUUUAGAGCAUUGAUUAAAAGAGAAAUUCUUACCAGUCGCAAAGUCUUGUACACAAAGCUUGUACGUGCAAUCAGUCUUCGUUUUGCAAAAAAGAUGCUUUCCAAAACACGGGUUUUUCUCACUUAAAAUGUCAGCUCAAGCGAAAAAAAAAUUGACACAGCAUGCUUCUAAAGAUUUUUCAAGUUUCAACCGACGAGGAAUGGGUAAAUUAUUGCAUGUUUAGAACUGUCUUCAAGAAAUAAUUGAUUUCAUGAUUUCCUGUUCAGAAAUAAUGUUGAUCCAUUUUGAAUUACAAGGCAUGUGUGUUACUCCUUCAAGUGGGUGACAUUGCAAGCAAAGUUAACUCAAUUACAGAGAGUUUGUGUGAAGCAGAAAUUAAAUCUUGUACACAAAAUAAAUUAUAUAAAAUGCUUUGGACGGUUGUAAUAUUAUUAUCAGUUACAUGUGAAAAGUAUAAUAUUUUAUGAACCUGGAGAAUAUUCUUCUGUUAGCAAGUGUCAAUCAUUCUAGCUCAUUUUCUAUUCUUGACUACAUGUUUUCAGUACAACAUUAUUUCCAAUUUUUAUGUGAAUCAAUUUAAUUUUUUGGUAUUUUGCUCAUUCAUCAACAGGCAUGCCAAAAGCAUAAUUUAAAUUUGCCAUGUUAUACAUUCAUGUAAGCUACCACUGAUAACUUUGUGCCUCUUGACCUCUAUUUUAUAGCAAUGGAGUCAAUCAUGUUGUUUUGAAUGUUUUAGUUUAUUCCAAUUUUGCAGAAUCAAGUUCUCCAAAGAAAGAACACCUGCUGAAGGUGACACUUGCUACAACUGCCGAGGGCUGGAACACAACAGCUAAUGGCCAGUUAGUUAUUCAACUGGCCAAAAAGCCACAAAUAAAGGUUUAUGGACUUGUAGCUAAGAGUACCCAAGAACAGAGAGAUCAGGCGAAGAGGUCAAAUAUUGAACUGGUAAAUGCAAAACAAGCUAUUGGCGUAUCUGAAAAGCAGCUUAAAAUUGCACAGCCUCCAGACAAUCUUGAUACUGAUAUCCUUAUCAUGGACUCAUAUGGGGAACAUGCCCAAGAUAUAAAGAUAAACAAGCAGUGCAAGUUGGUUCAAGUUGUUCAUACCAUCAGCAAAGACCUGGAGAAAUACAACCCAGGUACAGCUGAUCCAGAGUGUGUAUCCAAGUGUGAAAUUGAGCUGGCUCUUUGUGAAAAGGGUGAUGUUCUAAUUGCAAUAGGCCCUAAGGUAGCAGAUGCUUACAUCUCUGCUCUGCAGUUCUAUGAAAAGCAUAUAGAUGUUAUCACUCUGACACCUGGAAUAAUUCAUGAUCUAGUUGGUGUUCGGACCACACGUAAUGAUGGUGGAGAAAAGUUCCAUGUCAUGAUCAGUGCAACAUAUCCAUCAGAGUAUUUCAAAGUUAAAGGCUGUGAUAUUGCAGCGAAAGCAAUCACAUUAUUGCAGGACACAUCAUACCAUCUUAUAUUUGUAAUUUUGCCCACUGAUGAUGCCGAAGAUCUUAAACGUCAACUUGGAGGGUUAAUCAGUGGAAAACAGUUUACUGUCACACAUGUGUCCCGGAGUACUGAAGAGUGGAUGAAGCAGCUUCGUGAAGUUGAUCUUGUUAUCAUGCCUUCAGCAGAGGGUUUUGGAACAAUUUGUGUCCGUGCCAUUUCUGCAGAUGUUCCUGUCCUCAGCAGUGGAAACAGCGGAUUUGGCAUGGCACUGAAGAAAUUGCCAUCAGGAGGAAUGCAAGUAUUGGAUUCAGAAGAUCCCCGGCUUUGGGCCAACAAAAUCAGGGAAAUCAGAAACAAGGGACCAAUGCAACAGGCUCUUGAGGCAAAGCAGCUUCGGGAAGAGUACCUGGAAAAAUAUUGCUGGGAAGAUCAGUGUGAUAAGCUUUUAGACAAAAUGACAGAGAGGUUCUCAAGAGAGGAAGGUAUGUACAUGUAAUUUGGGAUAAAUCACACCCUUACUGACUGAAACUUCUUCACACCUCAGUGACUUCUGACUAUUCAUUCUCUGAAGACUACUAGCAGUCCACAAGGAUUGUAGUGAGGGUGGGUGGAUAUGCAAUAAUUUUCUCCAAAUAAGCAUCCAAGUUUGAAUAUGCACUCUCAGAUCCUCCAAAUAUGUGCCCAUAAGCAGCCCUCCCCUAACUUUGUCAAGUAGGUAACAUAAUUAUCUUUGAUUAAAUCUGCCCCACCUUUUCUGCUUAAUUUUUGCUUGUAAAAUGCCCACCUGCUGCAUGUCAAUUUUAUUCACAAGGUGAAGUUCCCACUGGGCCAAGCCAUCAGUGCUUUCUAUUUUUGCACAUUUUGCCAACAAAACUGCAAAAAUAAUUACAAGUUCGGUAGCUUGUCUCAGGUUGAACAAGGGCCUAGGAAGUGUUAUUUCAAGCUAUUGACUACAUGAGCCUCACUUUUGCACAAAAACAAGCACUUAACCUAGGCUGUCUCAGAAUACUAAUUAGGACUGUUGGGUCAAUCAUGUUGUUAGUAAGUGUUCUGAUUUAUUCAUAUUUUGCAGACUUGAGUUUUACCCCUCCAAAAAAGGAACACCCAGUUCAGGUAGCACUUGCUACAACUGCUGAGGGUUGGAGCACAACAGCAAAUGGCCAGUUAGUUUUUCAACUGGCAAAAAAUCCACAAAUGAAGGUUUAUGGACUUGUACCUAAGAGUACCCAAGAACAGAGAGAUCAGGCUAAGAGGUCAAAUAUUGAACUCGUAAAUGCAAAAAAGAAGAUUGGUUUUUCCGAAAACGAGCUUCUUGCACAGCCUCUGGACAAUCUUGAUAUUGAUAUCCUUAUCAUGGACUCAUAUGGGCGUGAUCUUGGAAAACAGGCCCAAGAUAUAAAGAUAAAGAAGCAGUGCAAGUUGGCUCAAGUUGUUCAUACCAUCAGCAAAGGACUGGAGAAAUACAACCCAGGUACAGCUGAUCCAGAGCAGUUGACUGAGCGUGAAAUUCAGUUGGCUCUUUGUGAACGGGCUGAUGUUCUAAUUGCAAUAGGCCCUAAGGUGGCAGACGCUUACAUCUGUGCUUUACAAUUCUGUGGACAGCAUAAAGAUGUGAUAACUCUGACACCUGGAAUAAUUCCUGAUCUAGUUGGUGUUCGGACUACACAUGAUGGUGAUGAAAUCUUCCAUGUCAUGAUCAGCGCAACAUAUCCAUCAGAGUAUUUCAAAGUUAAAGGCUGUGAUAUUGCAGCGAAAGCAAUCACAUUAUUGCAGGACACAUCAUACCAUCUUAUAUUUGUAAUUUUGCCCACUGAUGAUGCUGAAGAUCUUAAACGUCAACUUGAAGGGUUAAUCAGUGUAAAUCAAUUUUCUGUCACACAUGUCUCCCGGAGUACUGAAGAGUGGAUACAACGGCUUUGUGAAGUUGAUCUUAUCAUCAUGCCUUCAGCAGAGGGUUUUGGAACAAUUUGUGUCCGUGCCAUUUCUGCAGAUGUUCCUGUCCUCAGCAGUGGAAACAGCGGAUUUGGCAUGGCACUGAAGAAAUUGCCAUCAGGAGGAAUGCAUGUAUUGGAUUCAGAAGAUCCACGGGUUUGGGCCAACAAAAUCAGGGAAAUCAGAAACAAGGGACCAACGCAACAGGCUCUCGAGGCAAAGCAGCUUCGGGAAGAGUACAUGAGAGAAUAUUGCUGGAAAGAUCAAUGUGAUAAACUUGUAGACAAAAUAAUGGACAUUUUCUCAAGCGAAGAAGGUAUGUACAUGUAGUACACAGUUACCACGUAAGCAUGAAAGGGCACAUCUUAAUUAAAUUGUAUAAAGUGGCAGAGCCGUACCCUAUAACAACGACAAAAAAUAGUUCUUACAAAUGCUGCACUGCUAUGCUUUGUAAUAAUAUUAUUAAUUAUUGUCACGAUAAUGAGAAAGACUUGACGUUUCAUGUUACUCUGAAGGAUCCUAGCCAAAGGCUAGUUUCUUCACUGUCCACUUUCCAAAGCCCGUUCGUUUACUAUAGCUACUCCAGGAAUAUCUUUUGGGGUUAAUUUUUAAUCCAGAAAUCACAAAUCGUUCUAGUUUUUGCCACCUUAUUCACGCUUUUUGAAGUUUGCAGAAAAUCUGGUAGCCCUUAGCCCAAAGAGAUCUCUUGAAGUCGUUGUUUUUUUUUAAUUUCUUGGCCUAAAUCUGUCCCUCGAUGGGUAUAUUUUUUUAACAGUUAUCCUUGAACACGUUUUGGAAGCAACAUUUGUUUCAUUCACUUAACUAACCUGUGCACAAACGUUGUUUUCUUUUUUUUUUCAAAAAUCGACGAGCACGCGAGAGCCCCCUCGCGCUAGCGGUCAAUAAAUCCCCCGCGGUUUUUAUUUUCAUACGCGCGCUCGAAGAACUCUAAUGAGCAAAAAGAGUAGACCUUUAAUGUAGGUAAAGAGAAAAUAGAGGGGACUGUAAAUAGGCUAUCACGUAACAGAAAACCAUCAUUCCUAAACCCAAGUUAGAAAUCUGAAUGACAUAGAAAUAUGAAUACUGUGAAAGGUUUGAACUGAGUUUGAUCGUGUGGUUGAACGUAGUCCUGAACAGAACUGUUGUUGUUGACAGUGACUGACGUUAGUCUGUAGAAUACGUUAUACAUGUCGCAAAGUCCCAGUCGAUUUGAUGUUUCGUCUUUAAAAUGGUGCUCAGCAAUGUGAUUGUUGACGUCACCAUUCCUCGUCGCUCGUUUGUGUUCGGUCAGUCGCGUGCUAAGGUUUCUGCCGGUUUCACCAAUGUAAGAAGCCUGGCAGUCGCAGCAUUUGAUCUUGUAUACUACUCCCUGUCUGUCCUCCGGUUUGUCUUUGUCCCUGACAUUAGUAAGAAGUCGUCGUAAAGUGGUUAUCGGUUUGUGUACAACACCUACAAGCGCCGUACAAAAGACUUAUUGAUGAGAUCAAGUAAAACUAACUACGAGAGAACGACUGGAGAACUGACAAUUUGACUAACAAUAGACGACUGUUUAACUGUGACAACAGUUAAAAUUAACUCUGAGGAUGACUACCGCACAGGUUGUCGAAACGUCAGUCACUGUCCACAACAUCAGUCCUAUUCAGGAUUACGUUCCCCCGGACGAUCAAACUCAACCUACUUUUUUAAAUAUGAAUACUGCUGAGUACCUUCUAAAUAACCGGAAAACAAAUGGCCAUAUCAUUGUAUAACAUCAGACUCAUGUACAAAUUCAUCCCAGCCUAAUCUGAAUGCAUCGGUCUUAAAUCUAAUCUAACAGAAAGCUGUAAAAUGCUAUCUGCGAUGUUGAGAUUGAGCUCGUUAAACCUGUAAAACUAGUUUGCCUUAAAAUUUAGUCUCACAUAAGUCUAAUCAUAGAGGUUAUUUCGUUUGCCAUGACACAACAAGGUUUUACUGAAGUUUUGCGUUAAAAUUAACUGAAAAAAUCGUUAGCCUAAGAUGUACAUUUCUACAAUUUGUGCAUAUUACCAGUUGCCGUAAUGAUUUUUAACCUUCCUGUUGAAAACGAAACACAAAUAGAAGGUAAAAAUUAUGUUUUCAUUAUCGUUAUUAAAUUUCUUAGCGCCCUCUAGAAUUUUAAAGCUGAAUUACGUUUAGAGCACAUUUGAAUCAGACUCUGGAAAAAAAAAUUUACUCUAAAACUGUAUCGUUUUCUUUUCUUUUUCAUAGGAGAGGUUCCACGAGGAAAGAAGAAGAAACUAAAGGAUAUGGCACAGAAGAUUGCUGAAGGUAUUCCAUUGUCAUAUCGCAAAUGCCUGCGCAAAUAAAUACUGCGGUUCAGUUUUAUUGUCGAGUCAGUUUUUAUUUUCCUUUCUUUUAUACUCAUCGUAAAUACAGAAAAAAGCACAGUGGACGAGGCUAAGGUGUAGCUACAGCGAAAGAGUACCAUCGUAUGUUUGAAUAAGAACCUGAACUACCUUUAACUUGGAAAACUGCUCCCACAGUCCCGCCGUGGUGUUCUAUUAUGCCGAAUACUUAAAUCUAAGUGGGUAAAACAAGUGCUCCUGCAGUCCCGUACUCCUGCAGUCGAUGUCAAGUAACUAGUGUGCUUAUAGAACGAGGUAUACUAGUGCUCCCGCAGCCGAUGUCAAGUAACUAGUGUGCUUAUACAACAAGGUAUACUAGUGCUCCAGCAGUCGAUGUCAAGUAACUAAUGUGCUUAUACAACAAGGUAUACUAGUGCUCCCGCAGUCGAUGUCAACGAAGUAUACUAGUGCUCCCGCAGACCCGCACUGCCGCAGUCGAUAUCAGAAUCUAUUGUGAAAAUCGGACGACUUCGGGACUGCGCGAGCAGUUUUUCAAGUUAGACAUUUGGUGGGUAAUAAUCGCUUUGAACUAAUCCUUCGGAAGCUGUAACAUUAUCACAUGAUUGCGUGUAGAAACUAAGAUACUUUGCUUCAGUGUGAAACCAUGAUCACUGUUAAUUUGGUAAACUGGUUCUUUUUGUACCUUCAGAUUUGCUUCCAGCCUCUGUGCGAGCUAGGGGAGAAAAGGCCCUUGCUGCUUUUCACAGAGCCCUUGAAGCUGGUGGUAGCACGUUUGAUAAGCGUGUUAAAAUUUUGCUCGUUGGGCAGGACCGUGUUGGGAAAACAAGCCUCGGUAAAGCUCUAAGAGGUGAACCUUUUAAUAAAGCCGAAUGCAGUACUGAUGGAGUGCAAAUGGUCCCUGCUGUCAAGAAUGCUGGAACAGGCGCGUGGAGAAAUCCAGCAUCUCUUGAACACACGACAGUAUUUGAUCAUAAGGUUGCUGCAGAGACCGCUAAGAAUUUAUUAGGCACACACUCGGAGCAGCCAGCAACGAAAAAACCAAAAGAAACCUCGACAAAAAGUGAACCUGAGAAACCUCCUGAGAAACCAGUAAGAGGGCUUUCAAACCAAACAGUUCAGUUAUCUAUUGAAGAUGGUUAGUGCGAUAAACAUUCGGUCAGUCUUUAAUAACUAUUGCUGACAGACUGGAAACUGUAACUUCGGUAAAAUCCUGAAAACUUUUCGGGUAUUUACGUAGACGAAACAAAAACAGUUGCGAUUUAAUGUGCUCUUGUUCGUUAAAUUAUCGGAAUUUUUGAGAAAAAGGCUUCUUACACAGCGAGCCCAAGAUACCGACUAUCCUAGAUUUUACCUUUGCUUGUUGUGAUGUCGGGUUGUAACUGUAGCAAUCUAUUGUCUCCAGAGUUUGUCAACUUAUAUGUAAUGAAUAAGUCGCCCCCACACUUAAAGAGAAGCGCUUUUGACAGUAAACACCUAAGAUCAGGCCUAAUUUUAGCAGUUUCCAAGCGAAACGAAAAUAAAGCCUGAUGUUGCGUUGGCAUUGAAUGGUAUUUAAAAUUCGCAGAACACCUGUGUGUUGUUGGCAUCCAACUCGCCAUCCUGCACUCUGAACCUGUGUAUAACCCAAGAGCUUGCUCGCAGGCAAAGCGCUUUGAGGUAACUGAAAAGACGAGACCUUGUCUCCUGAUAACUUUAAUUUGAAUUCUAUCAUACUAAGGGUGUAGAGACUACAAGGUGGUGGGCUUGUAACUGAUCCACUGACUUUUGAAGGGUGAAGAUGAACUAGAUUCUUAUAUUCCCUUUUUUUAUUUCUCUUUCCGCACAGAAGACCCUACUCCAUCAACAACUAAUGAAGAAAUUCCUCCAGUCGACCAAGAAGAAGAAUCUUCAAAAGAGAUACGAGGGAAAAACGUUCAAAGAAAUCGUAAGUUGACACUAUCACCAACUUUAGGUUAACACCUUCGUUUCCCUUCGUGACUUGUGCAGUACGGACUAUAGCUGGGAACUAAGAAAUGUGAAAUGAGGAAAACAUAACGGUCUGACCUGGGAAAUGUAGUAAAAUUCGACUCUUGCAAAAAAAAAUUAUACUUAACAAGUUUGGGGAUACAACGUACUAUAAAAAGGUUACCGAUUCACGGCUUCAUUUGAUUAUGCGGCGGAAGGACGGAGUGUUUUCGUCUUAAUGCAUUUCACGCAGAGGGACAUCUGCGAUCUCGCCCUACCGAAAGAGUUAUUAAGGGUUGCGCGCGGUUAUUCAGUCAAUGGUGCCUCAAUAGCCAUACUUGCCAGCAUUACAGCGUGAAAACGAGAGCAGUGACCCCCACAUUUUAUUACUGGACGUUUUUAUCAUCUUCUUUUCAAUGACUUGUUACAACAGAGUACCAAGUUUCAUCGAAAAUCGUUGUCACCUCGUAAGCCGUUAUUCUGCCUUCUUUCUUACAGAACAACAAAAGUCAUUUCAAGUUCCGGGAGAAGAAGUAAUGCCAGAUAACGUUGCCUUGCUUUUAGCGGAAAACUUAGCGAAAAACGAAAUUGACCCCGAUGAAAAAAUCUGGCCCAUCAUUUGGGACUUUGCAGGACAGGACAUUUAUCGUGCCAUUCAUCCAAUCUUUAUGUCACCAGAGGACCUUUAUCUUCUCGUUUUUGAUCUUAGAAAGAAGCUUAGUGAAAAAGCAGUAUGUCGAGUGAAUGUGGGUCACAAAGAGCAUGCUGUAACAGCCCGCGAUGAUCAAGACACAAAUUUGGAUCAUUUAUUAAGGUGGAUGGACUUGAUUCACUCUUUAAAGAAGGGUAAUCAGAAAGAGAAAGAGAAGGUUUCGUAUCCCCCAGUCAUACUUGUCGGUACUCAUGCUGACUGUGUAGACGAUCCGAGUAAAGCAAUGGAAUUAGUCAAACAGAAGUUUUUACGUGUGUUUUGUAAACAUAGUUAUUUGCCACACAUCAGAGAUCGUUUAUCGAUCGACAACACAAAAGCUGGCAAAUUAUUCGACCAGGAGGAAAUUGAGAAGUUUCGAGAGGCGAUUCUUAAGGUAGCUGAUGAAAUGCCUCAUACGAAAAAGCCGAUCCCUUUGCAAUGGCAUCGUGUUGAGAAGGAAAUUAGUCAACCGAAAUGGCAAAGACGCAAGUUCCUUUUUAAGGACUCUUUUCGUGAAGAAAUUGUUUCUCUGGACUAUUGCGCUUUUAAAAAUGAGGAUGACUUUGAAGAACUUGUGCAUUUUCUGCAUAGCCGUGGGACAAUAGUGUACCAUGAACAUGAGUACGAUGAAGAGAAAAUUGGUCUGGUCAUUUUGGAUCCCCAGUGGUUAAUCAAAAUAUUCUGCAAGAUUAUCAACGUAAACCCGCAGGGGAACGAACCAAUGUCUGUAGAAGCAGAUCGUAUGGAAUUGAAAGAAAAAGGAAUUCUUUCCAAACAGUUGAUUGAUCAUACCUGCCACGGUGAAAGUCUGAGUCCCAUUAAGGGCCAUUUGAUUUCUUUAAUGGAUAAGUUCAACCUCAUCUGCCGUCAAAAAACAGGAGAAUCGCAGUUCUUGGUCCCUUGUAUGCUGCGGACUACUACUAAUGAAGAGGAGGAAAUUGAAACUGGAUCAACUGCCUUACCUAUAUACCUCAGGUUUCAAACUGAAUAUGUUCCAAGUGGACUUUUCCCCCGACUCAUUGUGCUCUUUGUAAGAAAUCCGCAAUACACAAAUAUGUACGAGCUGACAUCAAAUAAAGCCGAAUUUGCCCUUGACAAGAACAAAAACCAUCUCUUUCAAAUGGAGUGCUACAAGAGAGUUAUUAAGCUGGGGUUCGGGAAGGCGGACGGCAGUCUUCCCCAGGAGCAAUAUGAAUAUGUUUUAAGGUAAAAUGUCGAGUUCGGGUUCUACUUUCUACACAUAUCUUAUAUAUCAUAUAUUGCUUCUUGUUGUUACUCGUUCCGUGUUAGGUGCAUAUCCGUCUUUGACGGUGCAUAUCUGGCACUAGAAGGCAAAACUGUUAUAUUUUUUCUUUUUUUUUUUAACCAAUUUAUAGCCAGUUAGAUAUGUUCUUGGAAAAGCUUCAAAGGGAGUGUCACUGGCUGGAAUCAAUGUCGGUGGAGUUGUGUGCUCGAUGCACAGUCUGCAUAGGAAAAGAGACAGAGCCCUGCGUGAGGCACGAGCAAAGGUCAUGUAGGCACCAUGACUGUGGUCACUAUAUACCUUUGGACGGAAGAGGUCUUUGUUGUAAGCCUUGUCAAAUGCUGGAAAAGAAACCACUCAAGCCUUGGAUUAAGGCUAUUAAACACGUGUCAAAGGUACGUAAUGUACACUGGUGA